CACAGACGGGUAAGGUCACGUGAUUCCCGCAGACUCGGGGCGGGUCUCUCCGCUAUAGUUCACUUCCUGCUUCUUCUCUUUGCUCUCGCCUGGUCAGCCGCUUCAUUCCUCUGUCCGACGAUAGACACAAUGUCACAUCAAACGGGCAUUCAAGCGGGGAACGACGUGAAGGAAAUCUUUGCCAGUGCCAGGAGCGGAGACCAGUAUCGAGUCUUGAAGAUCGUCAUCGAGGAUGAGCAGCUGACACUGGGCGGCACCAGGAAAGCAUCCAAGAAGUGGGAUCAGGAAUACGAUUCCUUAGUGCUGCCACUUCUGGAAGAUGCCGUGCCAUGCUAUAUUUUGUACCGUCUGGACUCCACUAACAACCAAGGCUACGAAUGGAUCCUCCUCUCCUGGUCACCAGACCACUCUACUGUGCGACACAAAAUGUUAUAUGCUGCUACCAGGGCGACACUGAAGAAAGAGUUUGGAGGAGGGCACAUUAAGGACGACAUUUUUGGUACCACAAAGGAGGAUUUGAACUUUAGUGGUUAUAAGAAAUACCUGACCUCACAGGCGGCUCCUUUGCCCCUCACUGCUGCAGAAGAGGAACUGAGACAGAUCAAACUCAAUGAGGUCCAGACGGACAUCAGCGUGGACACCAAGCAGCAGACUCUGCAGGGAGUGGCCUUCCCCAUUCACAAAGAUGCUGCUGACGCACUGGCACAUUUUAAGGAAAAGAGAAUCAACUAUGUGCAACUGGAAAUAGAUGCUGAAAAGGAAAUGAUUCGCUUGUGCAGCACUGAGCCAACUGAGUUGAAAGACCUGCCAAAGAGAGUCCCCAAAGAUUCUCCACGUUACCACUUCUUCCUGUACAAACAUUCCCAUGAAGGCGACUACUUGGAGUCUACAGUCUUCAUUUAUUCUAUGCCAGGGUACAAGUGUAGCAUCCGAGAGAGGAUGCUGUAUUCCAGCUGCAAAAAUAACCUGAUUGACAUGGUGGAAACCAAACUGCAGAUUGAGAUCGAGAAAAAGUUGGAAAUUGAAGACGGGACCGAAUUAACAGGCGAGUUCUUGUACGCCGAGGUGCAUCCCAAGCAGCAUGCCUAUAAGGAGCGUUUUGCCAAGCCCAAAGGCCCAGCCGGUAAGAGGGGAGGUCGCCGAAUCACCCGGCCACCCGGCGAGGGAGAGGAGGAGGAUUAAAACGCACCUCAGCAUCACUCCACCCCACACACCCUAAAUCCCCCACCCCAUACGUGUUCCACAGUGGAACAUCCAUCCCUGUGAUGGGCGACGAAAAAAUUGUAUUUGACGUUUUUUUUUUUUGUUGUUGUUGAUGUGUUUGUAUUCUUUUCCCAACAACCUCAAUUUUUUUCCUCACCAUGUUACCCAACUAUGCACGCCAAGGAGAACUGAGCAAUGACACCCUUCAGUCGUUCCAUUUGUAGCUUGCCAAAUGGAAACGCACAUCUUAACACACUCACAAGAAGCUUAACUAUAACUCAAGGGGGCCCAAAUAAAAGUUGAGGUAUUCUCUUCAAUGUCAGCGCUGACAUUUAAUGAAAAAAAAAAACUUUCAAGCACGACUAAUGUGAACUCGCG